AACUGGACUAUAUAAUAGGAUGUGAAAACAGACCAGAAUGUGAAACAGAUUUUUUUACUGCUGUUUAGGAACUGAGACAGAAACCAUUUGAAAAAGCAGGAUGGGAAAACAAGUCCAAACCUCAACCAUUGUAAAAGACAACCCGACUUUGCAGUCUAAGCAGGUAGCAGUCGACCGCACAGUUCGAUGUCCAUUUGCUGUUCAUUUGCAAAACUAUAAAGAUGGCUCGACCCACCAAGAUACACUGCAUCACAAAGCAACAAAGAAUACGCCAUGCGAAUCAAAAACUUGCAAGGGCUCCAUAAUGAAUCCCAAAUCUCUGAUACGCGGUCAUUCCUCAGAUGACAUCCUCCCACAGGCAGUGGAUUUCAUCAACCAGUACUACAAAUCAUUCAAAAUCCCCAAUCCAAGCGAGCACCAGGCUCGGAUUGAAACUGUCACACUGGAGAUCACCCUGACCGGGUCCUACUCACUCACUACAGAUGAACUCGCUUUUGGGGCCAAGCAGGCGUGGAGAAAUGCGCCACGGUGCAUUGGCAGGAUCCAGUGGACUAAUUUACAGCUUUUCGAUGCGCGUAAGUGCAAGACCGCCGAGGAAAUGUUUCAUGCCUUGUGUACUCAUCUUAAAUAUGCCACCAAUGGAGGAAACUUGAGGUCUGCCAUCACUGUGUUUCCUCAAAGAAUGGAUGGAGAUCAUGAUUUCCGUGUCUGGAACGGUCAGCUUCUAAAGUAUGCUGGCUAUCGGAUGGAAGAUGGCAGUGUGAUCGGGGACCCAGCAGGUGUGGAGCUUACACAGGUGUGUAUUCAGCUAGGAUGGAAACCAAAGUAUGGUCACUUUGAUGUGCUGCCACUAAUCCUGCAGGCGAAUGGAGAGGAUCCUGAACUUUUUGAUAUCCCUUCAGAACUGAUUCUGGAGGUCCCAAUAGAGCAUCCAGAGUAUGAAUGGUUCAAAGAUCUAAACCUCAAGUGGUAUGCAGUUCCUGCAGUAUCCAACAUGCUAAUGGAAAUCGGUGGUCUGGAAUUCCCCGCAUGUCCUUUUAACGGCUGGUACAUGGGCACAGAGAUUGGAGUGCGGGAUUUCUGUGACAACCAACGCUACAACGUUUUGGAGCGCGUUGGAAAGCUAAUGGGCUUAGAAACACGCAAGCUGUCUUCACUGUGGAAAGACCAGGCACUCGUGGCUAUUAAUGUUGCAGUUAUUCAUAGUUUCCAGAAAAAUAAGGUCACCAUCACGGACCACCAUUCAGCAAGCGAGUCCUUCAUGCAGCACAUGGAGACAGAAGUUCGUGUGCGUGGAGGCUGUCCAGCUGAUUGGGUGUGGCUGGUUCCACCCAUGUCUGGCUCCCUCACCCCUGUGUACCAUCAGGAGAUGCUCAACUACAUCCUUUCUCCCUUUUUCUAUUAUCAGACUGAUGCAUGGUUAACACACAAGUGGAAAGAUGAGAAGAAAGGACUUCGGAGAUGUAAAGUCAGCUUCAAGGGACUGUCAAGGGCAGUGCUUUUUGCUCAAGUGCUCAUCAAUACAGUCAUGGCCAAGAGAGUGCGCUGCACUGUUCUCUAUGCCACCGAAACAGGGAAGUCACUGAGCUUUGCCAAAAAACUGAAAACCAUCCUCAACCGUGCCUUUGACACCAGGCUGGUGUGCAUGGAGGACUAUGAUUUCAGUGAGCUUGAGACAGAGAGCCUUCUGAUGGUGGUCACCAGUACUUUCGGCAAUGGAGAAAGUCCGGGAAAUGGAGUGAGCUUCAGAAAGCAGCUUUUCAACUUGCAAAACCUAAAAAACAAUGUCAGGUACAGUGUGUUUGGCCUUGGCUCACGUGUGUACCCACAAUUCUGUGCUUUUGCCCAUGCUGUGGAUGACAAGCUUGCUGAGCUGGGGGCCAAGCGUCUUACUGCCACAGGGGAGGGAGAUGAACUUAAUGGGCAGGACGAGGCCUUCUCUGCAUGGGCUUGCACUGCUUUUAAGGAUGCGUGUGAGGAGUUUAACAUUAAAAAACAGCUGAGGGGUGUUGAGCAACAGUUGGAUACCUGGGACCCACAGAGAUACAGAGUACAGCAUGACAGUUGUGCUCUGGACCGAAUAACAGCACUGUCUGCUCUACACUCCAAAACUGUGUUUCCUAUGACGCUGAAAAGAAGGCAGAAACUGCAGAGCACUCAGUCAAGUCGUUCUACAAUCCUGGUUGAGCUGAAGAUGGGUGGAAACACAGAGGUCUUGAACUUUGCCCCUGGAGAUCACGUGGGGAUUUUUCCAGAGAAUUCAGCAGAAUUGGUAGAUGGUAUUGUGAAGCAUCUCCCAGAUGCCCCUCCUAUUGACCAGAGCCUUCACCUGGAGUCCCUCUCUGGUUCUAGCCCUGUGGAAAUGAGAUGGCAGAAAGAUGAAUGUAUCCCUGCUUGCACACUGGUCCAGGCUCUUACAUACUUCCUUGAUGUGACAACUCCACCUUCACAAAGCCUCCUGCGCAAACUCUCUACAGUGGCUGGUCAGGAAGAGGAUCGCAAACGUCUUGAGGCACUUGCAUCGGAUUACCAGGAAUAUUCUACAUGGAAAGAUUUCUACAGGCCCACCUUCUUGGAGGUGCUUGUAGAAUUUCCUUCUCUGAAAGUCCCAACCGCCUUCCUUCUCAGCCAGCUUCCUCUGCUCAAGCCCCGCCUGUACUCUGUCAGCUCCUCAUUGGACCGUCAUCCAAACGAGCUGCACCUCACAGUGUCUGUGGUGGAGUACCACACCCAGGAUGGACAGGGCCCAAUGCAUUAUGGCACCUGCAGCACAUGGCUUAACACCAUCAAACGAGGAUACACAGUUCCCUGCUUCAUUCACCGCUCAGGUGGAUUCCAUCUCCCAGAAGACCCCAUCACUCCAGUUAUUCUGAUAGGGGCUGGCAGUGGUAUUGCUCCUUUCCGCAGCUUCUGGCAACAGCGCAUUCAUGACAUGAACAAGACAGGUCUGCAAAUGACUCCUAUGACACUGCUAUUUGGAUGUCGUGAUUCACAAACAGACCAUCUGUAUAAAGUAGAAACUCUUAAGUUGAGAAUUGAUGGCAUUCUGGACAAUGUCAAUACAGCCUAUUCUCGCCAACCUGGUAAACCAAAGAUGUAUGUGCAGGAUGUCUUGAGGGAACAACUAUCUGAAAAAGCCUUGGAGGUUCUACACAACAAUGGAGGUCAUCUGUACGUCUGUGGUGGCAUGAACAUGGCCCGUGAUGUUGCUAGCACUUUGCAAGAUAUGUUGGCAAAUAAAACGGGCAUGACGAUCAAAGAAACUGGAGAAUUUCUAGAGAGGUUGAAGGUGGAGAAGAGAUACCAUGAAGACAUUUUUGGAGCCUAAUAACAGAGAUCUGUUUUACCACAAACUUGGGGACUGGGAACUAAAUUUAACUAAUGUGAUUCUAAUGUUUUUUCCACUAUUUAUGUUUUUUUUAAACUGAUGUAAGUAUAGCUUUUUUUCUUUAUUUACAUCAAACAGGAUUUAUUAUUCAUGCAUCUCUAUUUUAAGAGGAAAUUGUAUGGCUUUAGUUUAUUGAGUGCAUUUGUUUAGAAAAAUACUGAAGUAUCGUUCAGAAACAAUUUUUUUUAAUGUCUUCGAUGUGCUGUAUGACUUUCUUCUGUCAACAGCAUUUGAUAAUUUACACUCUUUUGUAUUAAAGCAGAUAAGCAGAAAGAGAGUUUAGAGUAAAACUCUGCAAGAUAAACUUUUUUUGUAUUUUUUAAUGAAUCAUAAGUGACAUUUAUCUUUCUUGCAGGAAUAACAUUCAUAUGCUUUUGAAUCCUAAAUGUUUCAAAACCCUUUGGUCAAAAACAUUCAGUCAGGGUGCGUGUGUCUAAAUCAUGUCUAAAUAUAACAAAAGGGGAAAUUCAACUAGACGGAAGUCUAGGUUUAUAAACUUGUGAAUGAGUAACAAAGUAAAGCAAUCAAGAAAACAGAGUUUGCUUCUAGCUAGUAACAGAAUACCUAGAAACAGGGGUUUGCAUAUGAAAAACCUAUCAAAUUGUAAGGAAAUGAUGUAAUGUAUCAUGUAUGCUUUGCUAUGCUCCUUUUUAUAUAAAAACUGUUGUAUUUUCUUUCCUGGGGGAUUCUCUCGGAAAUUUGUCUGUGAUCCUCCGGCUGGGAUUAAAGCAUAUUCAAAGUCA